UUUCAAUGCAGAGUUGAACUUUGGACGGUUCGUGUCGCUCGCAUCGGCUCCGCUGUCUCGAAUACCCCCCGGUUCGGCUCUCAAACAAAAAACACCAAUUUCGUUCCCCCCCCGGUCGUUCCGCCACCCCCCGCUCCCUCCCGAUCUCCGGAAUCCGGACCAGUGUUCGUGGUGAGUGCCCCCUUCGAGUUCGCGUUUUCGAGUGUUCGUCGCCAUGAUACCGUGUACUAGUGCAUAACAAACUUUCUCGCUGUGUACGGGCUUGCUCAUCAUUCGUUGGAGUGAUAUAUAAAAGCCGCCAACAUGCCGGAGAAGCACGGGCGCUCAGAUUCUUACCGGGUCGCCACUGUACCAGCAAUUAAGGAUGAUAACAAAACGGCCGACGGAAAAGCAAAGUCAAGAAGAAAAGCUGCGAAAAAAGUGCGGACUGAUAACUUGGACGAUUUAAAACAAGAAUUGGAUAUAGAUUUUCAUAAAAUUACAGUUGAAGAAUUAUAUCAGCGAUUUAGUACACAUCCUGAAACAGGUCUUACACAUGCGAAAGCAAAAGAAAAUUUGGAACGAGAUGGUCCCAACGCCCUUACCCCUCCUAAAACAACGCCCGAAUGGGUGAAAUUUUGUAAGCAACUUUUUGGUGGUUUCGCCAUGUUACUAUGGAUCGGAGCAUUCCUUUGUUUCAUUGCUUAUGGUAUUGAAAGUUCUACGAUAGAAGAACCAGCAGAUGAUAAUUUAUAUCUUGGUAUAGUAUUAACAGCUGUAGUUAUUGUAACUGGUAUUUUCUCAUAUUAUCAAGAAGCUAAAUCUUCUGCCAUUAUGGAUUCUUUCAAAAAUUUAGUUCCACAGUUUGCAACAGUUCUUAGGCAAGGAGAAAAAUUAACGCUCCGAGCAGAAGAUAUAGUUCUAGGUGAUGUUGUUGAAGUUAAGUUUGGAGAUCGUAUUCCUGCCGAUAUUCGAAUUAUAGAAUCUAGAGGUUUUAAAGUUGACAAUUCAUCACUGACUGGAGAAUCAGAGCCGCAAAGUAGGGGUGUUGAUUUCACGCACGAAAACCCACUGGAAACGAAAAAUUUAGCUUUCUUCUCAACGAAUGCUGUUGAAGGCACUGCCAAAGGAGUCGUUAUUAGCUGUGGUGACAACACUGUGAUGGGUCGUAUCGCUGGUCUGGCGUCAGGUUUGGACACCGGUGAAACUCCCAUUGCCAAAGAAAUCAACCAUUUCAUCCAUUUGAUCACUGGUGUUGCUGUGUUUUUGGGUGUAUCCUUCUUCACUAUUGCUUUUAUUUUGGGCUACCAUUGGCUCGAGGCUGUGAUUUUCCUUAUUGGUAUCAUUGUAGCCAAUGUGCCCGAAGGUCUGCUCGCUACUGUCACAGUGUGUCUGACUUUGACAGCCAAGCGAAUGGCAUCCAAGAACUGUUUGGUCAAGAACUUGGAAGCUGUAGAAACCUUGGGUUCUACAUCUACCAUCUGCUCAGAUAAGACUGGUACCUUAACACAAAAUCGAAUGACUGUUGCUCACAUGUGGUUCGACAACCAAAUUAUUGAAGCUGACACAACUGAGGAUCAAUCAGGAGUUCAAUAUGAUCGCACAAGUCCAGGGUUCAAAGCUCUUGCACGGAUUGCAACUCUAUGUAACAGAGCGGAAUUCAAACCUGGUCAGGAAGGUGUUUCAAUUCUAAAGAAAGAAGUCAAUGGUGAUGCAUCAGAAGCUGCUCUUCUUAAAUGUAUGGAACUGGCUCUCGGAGACGUUAUGUCCAUCAGGAGGAGGAACCGUAAAGUCUGUGAAAUUCCUUUCAACUCUACGAACAAAUAUCAGGUAUCUAUUCAUGAAACUGAAGAUGCCAAUGAUCCUCGACACUUGAUGGUCAUGAAGGGAGCUCCCGAAAGGAUAUUGGACAAGUGCUCAACCAUUUUCAUCGGAGGCAAAGAGAAAUUAUUGGACGAGGAAAUGAAGGAAGCCUUCAACAAUGCUUACCUUGAGCUUGGAGGUCUUGGUGAACGUGUGUUAGGUUUCUGCGACUUCAUGCUCCCGUCUGACAAAUUCCCUCUGGGCUUCAAAUUCGACUGUGAUGACCCCAACUUCCCACUGAGCGGCAUGCGUUUUGUUGGUUUGAUGUCCAUGAUUGACCCACCGAGAGCUGCCGUCCCAGACGCUGUAGCCAAGUGUCGCUCAGCCGGAAUCAAAGUUAUCAUGGUCACUGGUGAUCAUCCUAUCACUGCCAAAGCUAUCGCCAAAUCUGUCGGUAUUAUUUCCGAAGGUAAUGAAACCGUCGAAGACAUUGCUCAAAGACUGAACAUUCCUGUAUCAGAAGUUAACCCUCGUGAAGCUAAAGCUGCUGUUGUUCAUGGAUCUGAACUGCGUGAUCUGUCACCUGAACUGUUGGACGAAAUCUUAAGGUACCACACGGAAAUCGUUUUCGCCAGAACUUCUCCGCAGCAAAAAUUGAUCAUUGUUGAAGGUUGCCAACGCAUGGGUGCCAUCGUAGCUGUGACUGGUGAUGGUGUCAAUGACUCGCCAGCCUUGAAGAAAGCCGAUAUUGGUGUUGCCAUGGGUAUUGCUGGUUCUGACGUAUCAAAGCAAGCCGCUGACAUGAUCUUGUUGGAUGAUAACUUUGCCUCCAUCGUUACUGGAGUGGAAGAGGGACGACUGAUUUUUGACAAUUUGAAGAAAUCCAUUGCAUACACACUGACCUCUAAUAUUCCCGAAAUCUCGCCAUUCUUGGCAUUUGUACUGCUGGACAUUCCAUUGCCUUUGGGUGUUGUCACUAUUCUGUGCAUUGACUUGGGAACUGACAUGAUGCCAGCUAUUUCACUGGCUUAUGAGGCACCAGAGAGCGACAUAAUGAAGAGACAACCAAGAAAUCCCUAUAAAGAUAACUUGGUCAAUCACAGAUUGAUCUCAAUGGCAUAUGGUCAGAUUGGUAUGAUUCAAGCUGCAGCUGGGUUCUUCGUAUACUUUGUGAUCAUGGCAGAAAAUGGAUUCCUUCCCAUGAAAUUGUUUGGAUUACGUAAACGCUGGGACUCCAAAGCUGUCAAUGAUCUCUCCGAUUCCUAUGGUCAAGAAUGGACUUACAGAGACAGGAAAGCUUUGGAAUUCACGUGUCAUACUGCGUUCUUCGUCUCAAUCGUCGUUGUGCAAUGGGCUGAUUUGAUUGUUUGUAAGACUCGGCGGAACUCAAUCAUCCAUCAAGGAAUGAGGAACUGGGCGCUCAACUUUGGUCUUGUCUUUGAAACGGCUCUUGCUUGCUUCCUGUCGUACACUCCUGGCAUGGACAAAGGUCUCCGAAUGUACCCUCUCAAAUUCGUCUGGUGGUUACCUCCCCUACCGUUCAUGAUUUCCAUUUUCAUUUAUGAUGAAGUAAGAAGAUUCUACAUACGUCGUAAUCCUGGAGGAUGGCUGGAACAAGAGACCUAUUACUAAAUCUGGUUAAUUUAUUAUUUGUUGAAUUUUACUCAAUGGGACACAAGGAGGAUGGAUCACAUUUUAAAGAACGACUGAAGAAUCUAAUCGUCAGAGAAAUUCAAACCUUUAAACUAAUGAGGAGAAAAAAAAAAAAAAAAAAAAAAAAAAUGGGAAAAAAUUGAAUAAAAUACUUUUUAAGAAGUAUCAAAAAGGGAUGGUUGGAGAACUUGAAAAUCUUAAACGAACUUUCAAGCACAUUCUUCUAAACUGAACAAUUUGUACAUAAAAUUGCAUUUUUGUGUAAUCCUCCAAUACAAUACAAUUUGAUCGUCGUUUUUGUACACAGAUUUCCCCCUUUUUUUUCUUUUUUUUCUUUUUUCUUUUUUUAAAAAAAGAGAACCUAGUUGUUGAUGCAGGUAAUUAACUGUUAAAACUAUUGUUGAACCAAGAUAAAAUCUAGGAUUGUAUAAAUAAACAAAUUUGAUGUAAAGUUGAUUCUAUUGUUUACUUGUGUGAAUGUUUGAGUGAGUGGUUGUGAGCGUGUAUGUGUGUAAAUAGAUAAAAUAAAUACCUGCGUCAAGAGAACUUCUCUCACAAACUAGAUAAUUAGCCACGUUUUAGUAGGCAACUUUAUAAUUAAAAAAGGACUUAAAACCGUGGAAUGCUUAAAAUACACGCGUGUAAAUGUUUUUUAUACCUUACGGUGUAAAAUGCUUGCACAUCGAGGUAAAUUUGUGUAUUGUUGUCAAAAGUAUUGUAUAAGCUCAAAA